UCCCUUGCGCGUACUUUGGGGGUGGGGGAGGUGGUCUCUGCGAGAUUCCCAAAAGAGGCUAUACAGCAGUUAUAGUUCUUUGCAAAAGAGGGACUAUAAAACGCUUGAUAGGCCCUUAAGUACAGGUUUUGCAGCUCCUCGCAGUCGCCCCUCAGUGUGGGCCCUCCGCCCGUGGAAGAUCGUCCGUGGGGGCGACCGCCGCGAGCAUGCGCAUGGGCACUGCGGCGGGCGGGUGCAGAGACCUGGUGCGGGGACGCGGGGCGGCGCGAAGAGGUGCUCUCUGCCGCCCCGCGCCCCCAUGUACGCCUUUUACUCUCUGCUCAUCUACAUCUUCUACAGUCUUUUCCGCAGGGAUGGCGGGGCUGCGGCGGUCUCGGACCCCGGGGACCCCACCCAGAAAAGCGGCGGCCAACCUAGGGGUCGUCGCCGUCCGGAUCAAUUCACAUCAGAACUGUGGACCGAGCUGAACAGCCUGGCCGGCUGCUCAGAAUCUGAAGAUGGCCAGAAAGGAGCGGAGGGUGGAGCAGCCGAGGUGUCCCUGGAAGAGGCACUCAUGCGUCUUGCCGAGUUCCUCUCUCUCCAGUUGGGGGCAGAAGAGAGCUGCGGGACGACUCCUGACCUGGACAAGCCUGGUGAAGUCCCCCCACUGUUGACAGUCACAAGUCAGCUCUUGGCCCUUCUGGCAUGGACACGGAGCCCCCGGGGGAGGCAGGCCCUGCUCCAGGGGACUCAGCCAACCUGUCCAGUGAGGCCCUCCACUCUAGAUGGGUCUCUGUCAGAAGAAGAAAGCUCCUCGCAGCCCACUCCCAUCCUGGAUGAGGCACCAAGGGAUGAGACCCAGGAGCAUCAGGAGCAUCAGCCUCCUCAGCUGGAGGAGGAACAGAGAGUUUGGCAGCGGUUAGAACAGCUCAUUCUUGGACAGCUGGAAGAGCUGAGACAGCAGCUGGAGCAGCAGGAAGAGGAGCUGAGUAGACUUCGUCUGGGAGUGGGGGUGACAGAUUCAGAGAAAAGAGUCCAGCACCUCACAUUGGAGAAUGAAGCCUUGAAACAGAGCUUGAGCCUAACUCGGGACCUUUUGCUACACUGGGGGCCUGGACCACUCACCAGACCUCCCCAGGAGGAGGCAGGGGCACUGUUGGAGCUGCAGGGCCAGCUUCAAGAGGCCCAGGACACCACAGAAGCUCUCCGAGUCCAGCUGGGAGUACAGGAGCUGCAGCUGCAGGGCCUUCGAGGGGCCCUCCAGCAGCUCCAGCAGGAGACAGAACAGAACUGCAGACAGGAGCUGCAGCAAGUUCACGGACAGCUGGCAGGACUUCGGGCACGGAUGGCCAGCCUUCGUCAGGGCUGUGGGGACCUCCGAGGACUGGUCAGCACCUUUACCCAGAGUUGUAAGGGCUCGCUGAGUGAGGCUCAGGGCCAGGUUUCCUGGGCCCUUGGGGCUCUGUCAGCUGGCAAGGCUAAGACUCAGCUCCCAGAAGGGCACCAAGCACCCCCAACUGGAUGCUCAGGGCGGCUUUUGGAACUCAAGGGGAAUAUUCGUGUUCUGUGUCGGCUGAGACCAGCCGAAGGGAAACCUUCCAGCCUGGUGAGCGUGGAGCCUGGACAAGGGGGAACCAUCACCACCAGCUACCGAGGGCGCCAGCAUCGCUUUCGCCUGGACUGGGUCUUUCCUCAAGAUGCCAGCCAGGAGGAGGUCUUCAGGCAGCUGGAGCCAGCUGUGCUGUCCUGCCUUCAGGGGUACAGUGUCUGCAUCUUCACUUAUGGUCAGACUGGGACAGGGAAAACCUACAGCAUGGAGGGCCCGCCUGAGGACCCUGGCAUAGCUCCUAGGGCACUGCAGUUGCUGUUCCGGGAGAUGGGGACUGGAGGGCACCACCAUGUGACCCUCAGCAUGGUGGAGAUCUACAACGAGGCGGUCAGGGACCUCCUAGCUACAGGGCCUCCAGAGCGGCUGGUAGUGAGGCAGGGACCUGCAGGGCAGGGGGGAAUUCAAGUGGCCGGCCUCACACACUGGGACGUACCUAACCUAGAAACCCUGCACCAGAUGCUGAGUCUGGGGAGAAGCAACCGAGCUACAGCAGCCACUGUCAUGAACCAGCACAGCUCACGCUCCCACGCCCUAGUUACGCUGACUAUACGUGCAGCAUCCCCACCUCGGGCCCAGGGUAUCACAGGUACCUCUGGUUGUGCUUACAUCCUGCUGAGUUUCCAGCUCACUAAAGGUCUCCUCCACAUCCGGUUCAUUUGUCCUGCAGGCACAUUGCACCUGGUGGAUCUGGCAGGAUCUGAACGGGUGUGGAAAGCAGGGGUGGCCAGUCCUUUACCGAGAGACCCUAAUGGCGCCCGGCGCCUGCGUGAGGCCCAGGCAAUCAACCGCUCCUUGCUGGCACUAGGAGGAGUGAUGGCCGCGCUCCGUGCUCGGAGGCCUCAUGUGCCCUUCCGCGACUCACAGCUUACGCGCCUGUUACAGCCGGCGCUCGGCGCGGGCACCACUGCAGUUCUGCUGCUGCAGAUCUCCACAAGGACGGAAGAUCUCGGGGAGACCAUCUGCUCCCUCAAGUUCGCCGAGCGAGUGGGUCAAGUGGAACUGGGGCCUGCCCGGCGCCGUAGAGCCCCACGCUCCGGAACCCCUUCUUCUCUCAGUACUGAUACUCCACUCACCGGAACUUCCUGUACCCCCACACCAUCUCCUGGCAGCCCUCCCAGCCCCAGCCCCAACGGCUGUUCUGGCUUGACUCUGGAAUCUCCAAGGGACCUGCCUCCCUAGAUCUGAGUCAAAGCCCCUGGAGCUGGGCUUGAGAAUAAUUCCUCUGCUGGCAGAGGCAGCGGCGGAGCCUGUACCCCAUUUCCCAGGUCACCCUUCAAAAAACAAAAACUGUGGUGCCCUAACUGCCCCCAACAGAGCCCUGCAGUUUCCCCUUUCCUCUUCUUGAUCUGGCCAGAGAAUGUUAUGCUUUGAGAAAGGAUUGCCUCCGCCCCUCCACCCCCAGCUGAGCCACAGGCCCUUAGUUCUGUCCUUAUCGCCAUUUGCCCUUAUCACAGCACACAGCAGGGGAGCCAGAACUGCAGGAACCAGACCCAGACCAAGUGGUUUCCCAAGUCGCCACCCUGCCCCCAAUAUCAGACUUGGAAUUAAAAUGUUGUAAAUUCCUUUACUGUUAAUCAAUCCCCUACUUCCAUUACACCAAAAUCGCGUAUGGUCUAGUCUUUAAUUUCUUAACCCUUUCCCCGAAAGGUGCUACCUUCUACCCAGGCAGUUGAGAGAGGGCAAGACUUCAGGUUGGACCCACUUUUGGUUCUCCCUCCCCCAGCCUGGAGCCAGGAAGGCACGGCGACAGAGGGAUAGAUAGAUGGAUGGCUUGAGGGCCUGAGAAGGUGGGAUCAAGAGGAAGCACUAUCCAGGCUGAGCCCCACUCUCCAGAUCUGGUCCCUGCCCGUCAGAGUGUCGAAGGCAUGACUGGCCAGACCUUCCUAACUAGCAGAGACAAAACCCUUUCUGGAGUAACCUAAUUAAAGCUGUGGGUUUUUAGCAA